GGGCGCCAUCUUGCCUUGUUCAUGAAGAAGUAGAAGCAUCGAAAGGGUUGGAGAGAAUCACAGGAACGGUGGCGACGGCGCGAUUCGGGAACCGGAGCGGAAGCGUAAAGGAUGUGGGAUCAAGGAGGACAACCUUGGCAACAAUGGCCCUUGAACCAGCAACAGUGGAUGCAGUCAUUUCAGCACCAGCAGGAUCCAAGCCAGAUUGACUGGGCUGCUUUGGCACAAGCUUGGAUUGCACAAAGAGAAGCUUCAGGACAGCAAAGCAUCGUGGAACAACCACCAGGAAUGAUGCCAAAUGGACAGGAUAUGCCUGCAAUGGAGUCUGGUCCAAAUAAUCAUGGAAAUUUUCAAGGGGAUUCGAAUUUUAACAGAAUGUGGCAACCAGAAUGGGGAAUGCAUCAGCAGCCCCCACACCCCCCUCCAGAUCAGCCAUGGAUGCCACCAACACCAGGCCCAAUGGACAUUGUUCCUCCCUCUGAAGACAGCAACAGUCAGGACAGUGGGGAGUUUGCCCCUGACAACAGGCAUAUAUUUAACCAGAACAAUCACAACUUUGGUGGACCACCUGAUAAUUUUGCAGUGGGGCCGGUGAACCAGUUUGACUAUCAGCAUGGGGCUGCUUUUGGUCCACCGCAAGGUGGAUUUCAUCCUCCUUAUUGGCAACCAGGACCUCCAGGACCUCCAGCACCUGCACAGAAUCGAAGGGAACGGCCACCAUCAUUCAGGGACCGACAGCGCUCGCCAAUUGCACUUCCUGUGAAGCAAGAGCCUCCCCAAAUUGAUGCAGUAAAACGCAGGACUCUUCCAGCCUGGAUUCGUGAAGGCCUUGAGAAAAUGGAACGUGAAAAACAGAAGAAAUUAGAGAAAGAAAGAAUGGAACAGCAGCGUUCACAAUUGUCAAAAAAAGAAAAGAAGGCCACAGAAGAUGCUGAAGGAGGAGAUGGCCCUCGUUUACCCCAGAGAAGUAAAUUUGAUAGUGAUGAAGAAGAUGAAGAUGCUGAAAACACUGAGGCUGUGAGCAGUGGGAAAGUCACCAGAAGUCCAUCUCCAGCUCCCCAGGAAGAGCACAGUGAGCCGGAGAUGACCGAAGAAGAGAAGGAAUAUCAGAUGAUGUUGCUGACAAAAAUGCUUCUAACGGAAAUUCUUCUGGACGUCACAGAUGAAGAAAUUUAUUAUGUAGCCAAAGAUGCACACCGGAAAGCAACGAAAGCUCCUGCAAAACAGCUGGCACAGUCCAGUGCACUGGCCUCCCUCACUGGCCUCGGUGGACUGGGUGGUUAUGGAUCAGGAGACAGUGACGAUGAGAGGAGUGACAGAGGCUCUGAGUCAUCUGACACUGAUGAUGAAGAAUUACGGCACCGAAUCCGGCAAAAACAGGAAGCUUUUUGGAGAAAAGAAAAAGAACAGCAGCUAUUACAAGAUAAACAGAUGGAAGAAGAAAAGCAACAAACAGAAAGGGUUACAAAAGAGAUGAAUGAAUUUAUUCACAGAGAGCAAAAUAGUUUAUCACUGCUAGAAGCAAGUGAAGCAGACGGUGAUGUGGUUAACGAAAAGAAAAGAACUCCAAAUGAAGCUCCAUCAGUUUUAGAGCCCAAAAGAGAGCAUAAAGGGAAAGAGAAGGAGCGAAGGAGUAGGUCAGGGAGCAGUAGCAGCGGCAGCUCCAGCAGCAAUAGCAGGACUAGCAGCAGUAGCAGCUCCGUCUCCAGCUCUUCAUACAGCUCCAGCUCAGGCAGCAGCUGCACAUCCUCCCGGUCCUCUUCUCCUAAAAGGAAAAAGAGACACAGUAGGAGCAGGUCUCCCACAGUGAAAGCUAGACGCAGCAGGAGCAGGAGCAGGAGCUACUCUCGCAGAGUGAAGGUAGACAGCAGUAGAGCUAGGGUGAAGCUGAGAGACAGGAGGAGAUCUAAUAGAAGUAGCAUUGAAAGAGAAAGACGAAGAAACCGAAGUCCCUCCCGAGACAGACGUAGAAGCAGAAGUCGCUCAAGGGAUAGACGAGCCAAUCGUUCCAGUCGCAGUAGGAGUCGAGAUAGGCGUAAAAUUGAGGAUCCACGUGGAAAUCUUAGUGGGAGCAGUCAUAAGCAUAAAGGUGAGGUUAAAGAACAAGACAGGAAAAAGGAGAGGAGUCGAAGCGUAGAUAAAGACAGGAGAAAGAAAGACAAAGAAAGGGACCGCGAGCAGGACAAAAGAAAAGAGAAACAGAAAAGGGAAGACAAAGAUUGUAAAUUCAGUAGUCAGGAUGAUCGGUUAAAAAGGAAGCGAGAAAGUGAGAGGGUGUUCUGUAGGAGUGGUUCUAUAUCUGUGAAAGUAAUAAGACACGACUCUAGACAGGAUAGUAAGAAAAAUGCUACCAAAGACAGUAAAAAGCAUUCAGGUUCUGAUUCUAGUGGAAGGAGCAGUUCUGAAUCCCCUGGAAGUAGCAAAGAAAAGAAGGCUAAGAAGCCUAAACAUAGUCGGUCGCGCUCCAUGGAGAAAUCUCAAAGGUCUGGUAAGAAGGCAAGCCGCAAACACAAGUCUAAGUCCCGAUCAAGAUCAACAACCCCUCCCCGUCGUAAGCGCUGAGGAAUGAUGUGGCAAGAAUGCCAUGAUGCUGUUUUUAAAAAUUCCAUGAGUUUUAAGGGCUUGUCUCAUUAUAGAGGCACAUUGUGGCUGUGUAGGUGAAACCAGAUUUUUUUUUUUUAAUUGUGUAAAUAGGUGUCUUUUUUCCAAAUGCUGCUCCAAGUUAAUAGGAUUUCUUUGUAUUACAUUUUUUCAAGAAAUAGUACAUAAUAAGACUCUAAAUAUGCCAUUCUCUUUCAGCUGUAAUGUUCUUACAAUUAUUCUUGAAUGUACUGUGAUGUCAAUAAAGCUCUUCAGUUAAUUUUUGUUAAA